ACCUAUCUGCAAGAUAGUGUUUAAAGGGUACAAGGAAGUACACCGAUAUGGGUGGAUAACAACAAACACCUGCCAAACGAUGAUAACGGAAGACUGAAAUAAAAUAUGAGCUGGAACCCGUUCAGCCGUUUGUCGGCGCCAAAAAAGACUGUGAUAUCAAGAACUGCUGAAAGGGAAUUUGAAAAAGAAGUAAAGAAAUUAGAGGAAUUAGACGAGGUCACGAGAAAGUUGUACAAGGAUGCUAAACGCUUGGUUGAGGCUAAUAAUGCCGUUACAAAAAGUGAGCGCAAGCUGACCCAGGACCUUUUGACCUCUGCCUUCUGCCAAGGGGAGGAUACUCUGCAUCGCAAUGUGGAGGAGUGGGAUCAUGCUGUUGUUAAGCUUGAUCUUCAUGCUCAGGAACUGAAUGCUGUCAUGCAGAAAACAUUGAUAGACCCCAUGAAAAAAUACAACAGUAUUUUCCCAAAUGUUCAAGCAGCUGUCAAGAAGAGAGAACAAAGCUUGCAGGAGUUCCGGAAGUGUCAGGCCAAGGUGGACAAGUACCAGGAGCGGGACCGGACCGGUCAGAACGUGGUGAAACUGGACCAGAGUAAGAAAUCUCUAGCAUUGGCUAAGGAGGACUUCCAGGUACAGAACUCAGCAAUCGUGGAAGACAUGCCUAAACUGUACGAGAGUAGAAUCGACUACUUCCACCCCUCCCUGGAAGCACUCAUCCGAUCACAGGUAACCCAUAAUACUGAGGCCUACAAGGUGUACAGUGAGCUCUCCUCAACUCUAUGUGGCCUUAAAAACUACACAGAUGACGAUUAUAAAUCUAGGAUGCAACAGACUCUAUCUGAAAUAAAAGCCUUAUCAAUCACUGUGGAUGACUGACCUAUGAUGGCAGCUAACAGCAGGACAUCAUCUGUGCCCUGGGUAUCUGUGGCUGUGUGGGAGACUGUAUGAUUGUAUUAAGUGUCCCAUUCUGAAACCGAGUUUGGGAACAAGGAACAUAUGACAUGGAUGACCCAACACAUGUACCAGCUUUAAUCUUAACUGUUUUGACAUUUUGUAGAAUUUCUAUUCUAUAUCUUAUUUAGCUGUCAUUACUUGAUGUUACUUUGAAAAGAAAGAUUAGUGCUGUGUAGUAUAUCAAGGUUAAGGAUGCGAAAUGUUUGUCUCUCCACUUGUGAAGAGUUGUAAAGGGGAAACAAUCCCUCCUGAGAGUGAGCAUCUGACUGCAGAUCAUCUGCAGGUAACAUGCCAGAAAAUAUUUAUUGUUUUCGAAUGCAAAGUUGUGAAAGAAGAAAUCCAAUAACAUGUACGUCCUUGAUAUACCAGAUGUGGUAAUGAUUCUGAAACUGAUUUUUUUAGUGUUUUAUGUUCAGUAUGGUCAAAUACAUCACCGGUCACUCUACUCAUAUUGGGUGUUUUUCAGUCAUAUCAGCAUAUCAGUCUAAGUAAACUUAGGCUCAGUAUUAUUCGUUACACCGCUAUACUGAGUCUAACAAACCCUAGUAGAAGGUCGUGUCAGCUAACCUUUGAGCGACCUAUGACUGUCCAAUCAAACACGAGAUGGCCGAAUGGAUUUAACCAAUCAGGCAACUGCUACUACUGGUUCAAUGGGACUUACAAAAUAGUGACGCAAGACGAAAUUGACUGUCGGUUGCUGAUCUCUCAACAAACAAAAAGUGCAUAAAACACAGAUAUUUGACCUGCAGUAUAUACAUGUAGGGGUUUUCUGAGGACAUGGUUAUUAUUAGCUUAUAUUUCCACAAGAUGACAUCCUGGAAUAUUGACGCUAUUUUCAGCGACUGUUUACUCACUGUUGUGAAUAAUGGCUUCCUCCAUGUUUAUCACUCAGAAGCGAUCAUUCGGAAACGUUUUCGGGGUAAAAGUUCAGACGGUAUGUGCGAAUGUUAACUUUCGUGAUUUGGUAUGUUGUGUUUUGAUUGGUCAAUUCAAAAGGUUAGAUGACGUGACCUUCUACUGGGGUUUGUCAGACUCAGUAUAGCAGUGCAACGAAAUAAUACUGAGCCUAAGUUUACUUAGACUGCAUGUACAUACUGAUGAAUUAAAACUAUUGAAAAUAUCAAAGAAGCAUGUGUUUGGUAUGAAAUUUUGCAUUGUACUUCUGAGACCACCAGACACUGGCAGUGUAGUGUCACACCCAUAUUCCAUAUUCUCAUUUGAAUACAACAUUUACAUUUUA